AUGGCGCGAUCCAUUGAGCUACAGAGUACUGCAGAUGUGUAUUACAACCUCGGUACAUAUCAUCGUCCAAUUAGCACCACCGUGAGCGAUGCACAGCUGUGGUUUGACCGUGGAUUGCAGUGGUCCUACUCGUUCAACCACGAAGAAGGCGCACGAUGUUUCAAAGCAGCAGCAGAUUCUGAUCCCAACUGCGCCAUGGCCUAUUGGGGAUUGGCCUAUGCCCUGGGACCUAACUACAACAAAGCUUGGAGCCGAUUCGACCAGGGAGAUUUGGACGAGACCGUCAAGGCCGCAAGAGUCGCAUUGAAGAUUGCCCAAGAAAUAUCACAAAAUUCAAAGAAAUCACCCGUCGAACACGCCUUAAUCAAAGCCCUGACCGCCAGGUUCCCAGUUGAAGGGUCACCACUUGAUUUGAAUGCACUAAACCAUGCCUAUGUCAACGAGAUGCGUUUGGUCUACACCCUCAGCCCCGAAGACCCAGAUGUCGUUGCUCUUUUCACUGAAGCUCUCAUGUGUACACGACCUCGAGACCUGUGGGAUGUCCAAACAGGUAAACCGGCCGAAUGCACCAUCGAGGCUCGUCAGGCCUUGGAACUUGCAAUGGCUCAGAACGGCGGCAUGGAGCACCCGGCUUUCUGUCACCUUUACAUUCACUUAAUGGAGAUGUCUCCGUUCCCCGAAAUUGCUAUAAAGGCCGCCGAUAGCCUCCGUCGCCUCGUGCCCGACGGCUCUCAUCUUCUCCAUAUGGCCAGCCACAUCGACAUUGCCUGCGGCGAUUAUAGCCGUGCAAUGAUGGCCAAUGAUGCCGCUAUUCAUGCAGAUAACAGGUUCUUUGCGCGCCAACACAGUUCCGUUCUCUACACGAUGUAUCGGGCGCAUAACGCCUAUGCCAAGGCAUAUGCUGCUAUUAUGUUGGGAAAUUUCACCGAGGCUCUUUCAGCUGCCACGAUGGUUGGCCGAAUCUUGACUCCAACUUCAUUGUCAGUUACCAGUCCCCCUGUAGCUGAUUGGGCUGAGAGCUAUUUGGGCGUCUUGCCGCAUGUGCUGGUUCGAUUUGGCCGCUGGGAUGAUAUCCUCCAGCUGGAGCUUCCGGAAGAUAAGACGCUGUUUUGCUCAACCGUCGCAAUGAUAUAUUAUGCAAAAGGGAUAGCAUUGAGUGUGCUCGGUAAGAUCGAAGAAGCACAGCGUAUGCUGCUACAAUUCAGAGCUGCGCAUGCCGCUGUCCCUGCGUCUCGACUGGGCAGUCUUCCAAGUCGCGAGAUUGAUGUUCUACAGGUUGCUGCAGUUAUGCUUCAAGGGGAGCUCGAGUAUCGUAAAGGAGACUAUGUGCUAGCUUUCUCCAGCCUCAGAGAAGCGGUUGAAUUGGAGGAUGCUCUUCCAUACGGUGAUCCACCUGCAUGGAUCCAACCGUCGCGUCACGCUCUUGGAGCACUGUUGUUAGAACAGAAUUAUGUUGAUGAGGCUGAGCUGGUCUUUAGGGAAGAUCUUGGCUAUCAACCAGGAUUUCCUCGUCGCCGGGCACGGCUAAACAAUGUAUGGGGCUUGCACGGGUUGUAUGAGUGCUUUGUGAGAUCCGGGAAAAAAUCCGAAGCUCUCUUCAUUCGCACGCAGCGAGAUGUUGCCAUGGCAAGUGCAGACAUAUCUCUUAAUGCCUCAUGCUUUUGUCGACUUUCCAACUCUGUCAAUGAGGAGAGAUGCUGCUAA